AUGCCACCAAUUCGCACUGAAUCUUCGCAAAAAUCGGCCAAUCAGGAGGGCAAGAUCCUUUUAGCCCUUGACGAUAUCAAAAAUGGCCGUAUCAAAUCUAUUCGCGCAGCGGCGAAGCUAUACGACCUACCAAGUUCUACCCUAUGCGAUCGCGCUAAGGGUGUGAUUGCGCGCGUCGAUACACGCCCAAACGGCCAUAAAUUGACACUAUUAGAAGAGGAUUCGCUUACUAAAUGGAUACUCUCUAUGGAUUCGCGUGGGGCAGCGCCUAGGCCCUCUACUGUUCGAGAGAUGGCCAACAUCCUUCUUGCAGCGCGUGGAACCAAUCCCCUAUUAACCGUUGGCGUUAAUUGGGCAUCAACAUUCGUUAAACGGCGUAAUGAGCUUCGAUCUCGCUACUCAAAGCGAUAUGACUAUCAGCGCGCUCUUAAUGAGGAUCCAAAGAGUAUAAAAGAGUGGUUUUUGAUGGUACAACAUACAAUUGAGGAGAAUGGGAUUCAACCAGAGGAUAUCUACAACUUUGAUGAGACAGGCUUUGCGAUGGGCCUUAUAUCCUCGCAAAAGGUGAUUACGCGCGCUGAAUACUACGGUCGGCGAUCGAUUCUACAGCCUGGUAAUCGCGAAUAG